UUCUUAUUUUUCAAGAUCGUUAAGGGAAUAAAAGGAGACCUUAUAAAAGAGUGCCUAUGGAUUCCAGCUGCUCCACCCCUCUCCAUCUUCUCUGCACUGGGAGCAGUUCUCCUGCCAUAGCCCCUCACUCUCUGAAAAUGUUUGCCUUCUCCAAGUUAGUCUCCACUCCCUUCUUGGUCAAGAGCACCUCAUGGCUGCUGAGCCGUCCGCUAUCUGCAGUGGUGCUGAAACCACCAGAGACACUGACAGAUGAGAGCCUCAGCAGCUUGGCAGUCUCACGCCCCCUUACCUCACCUGUCUCUAGCCACAGCUUCCAAGCCAGUGCCAUUUCAAAGGACAUCAACACGGCAGCCAAGUUCAUUGGGGCUGGGGCUGCCACAGUUGGAGUGGUUGGCUCUGGGCUGGGAUUGGGAUUGGGACUGUGUUUGGGAAUCAUUGGUUACACUGGGAACCCUUCUCUGAAGCAGCAACUCUUCUGCGCCCUUCUGGGCAUUGCGCUCUCAGAGGCCAUGGGGCUCUUUUGCCUGAUGGUGGCUAAUUUUUUGUAUUUUUAG